AUGCUCUACAUUGAUCAACCUGUCCAGACCGGUUUCUCCUAUGACACGCUUGUCAAUGGGACAAUCAAUCAGAUCCACUCGCCCCUCGACAUAACGGUCGAGGACUUUUCUAUCUCCGGAGUCCCAACUGUCAAUAACACUUUUCUCGUCGGUACUUUCCCCUCUACCAAUCCACUCAAUACGGCAAGCUUGACGACGACCGCCGCUUUUUCUGCGUGGCAGUUUAUGCAAACUUGGACUCAAGACAUCUGGACCGAGUCAUAUGGUGGUCACUAUGGACCCACGUUUGCAAACUUCUUCGAAGAUCAAAAUGACAGGAUAGAGAAUGGCGAGAUUAAAUCGCCGGCAACAAAGCUCCAUUUAGACACUCUCGGAAUAGGGAAUGGGUGCAUUGAUAUCGAAUCCCAGAUCUCGGCAUAUCCUCAAAUGGCAUUCAAUAAUACAUAUGGUCUGCAACUUAUGACCGAGGCCGAAUAUCAAUCAGCUCUUAGCAGUUAUCCAAAAUACCAGAGUCUAAUCGAGUCAUGCAGAUCAGCAGAGGCAUCUUCUGCUCUGAGCGAAACUGCAGCUGCAGCUUGCUCGGAGGCAUAUGGUUUCUGCUUCAAGACAAUGUGGGCGACGUACAACGAGCACGGCCGAAACGUCUUCGACAUUGGAUUACCACUUAUUAGUUCAUGGUCGCCUAAAUUUGCAGCUGGCUAUCUGAACCAAGCGGAAGUCCAACAAGCCCUCGGUGUUCCUCUAAACUUCACGGGGCUGUCUACAGGAGUUGCGAGCGCCUUCGAUGCCACAGGUGACUUUGCUCGAGGAGGAAAUCUUAAGGCUCUUGGGUCACUCCUAGAUCGUGGAGUCAAGGUCGCCCUGAUGUAUGGUGACAAAGACUACCAAUGCAACUGGCUCGGCGGCGAAAAUGCAUCUCUCCAUAUCCCAUCUACCCUCAGCGCGGGCUUUAGGAGCGCGGGUUACGCCUCCCUUGACACAAAUAGCACAUACUCAGGAGGAUUCGUCCGCCAAUACGGAUACCUCUCCUUCACGCGCGUGUUUAACGCCGGCCAUGAAGUACCAUGGUAUCAGCCCGAGACGGCGUACCAGAUAUUCACACGUGCGAUGCUCGGCACUGAUAUUGCCACAAGUACGAUCCCUCUCGGGAGCGGGGAGGAGUAUAAGACAGAGGGCCCCCAGAGUUGCUUUAGUGUCAAGACACAGGUGGCUGAAAAAAGGGAGAGGGUGUGCUAUCUUUGGGUGUGA